GCGGGGCCUCGCUGCUGCGUCUGCUCCUCGUCAGACAGCGUAGCCCCCGCUAGCUGUCACAUCCGCCCCAGCAUCCCCCCUGCGGCCCCGAGUUAAGUCUUCAACACUUCACACGUGUGUCAGAGAUCAGGCAUGGCUGCUCAGUGUGUCACCAAGGUGGAGCUGACCGUGUCCUGCAGCAACCUGCUGGACAAAGACAUCGGCUCCAAGUCGGACCCGCUGUGCGUGCUGCUGAUGGACAGCUCCAACUCCCAGUGGUACGAGGUGGGUCGCACAGAGAAAGUCCAGAACUGCCUCGACCCAAAGUUUGCCAAAAAGUUCGUCAUCGACUACUAUUUUGAAAUAGUUCAGAAGCUGAGGUUUGGGCUUUACGACAUUGACAACAAGACAGUUGACCUGAGUGAUGACGACUUCCUGGGGGAGCUGGAGUGCACCUUGGGCCAGGUUGUGUCCAGUAAGAAACUGACCCGACCGCUUGUCUUGAAGAACAAGACACCUGCAGGAAAAGGAACGAUCACAAUCAGUGCAGAAGAAAUAAAGGACAAUCGAGUGGUGAAUUUUGAGGCGGAAGCCAGGAAACUGGAUAACAAGGAUUUCUUUGGUAAGUCUGAUCCAUACCUGGAGUUCUACAAGCAGACGGAAACCGGAUGGCAGCUGGCUCACAGGACAGAGGUGGUGAAGAACAACUUGAACCCGACAUGGAAACCCUUUCGGAUCCCGCUGCAGUCUCUCUGUGGGGGAGAUAUGGAGAAAUCCAUCAAAGUGGAGUGCUACGACUACGACGACGACGGCUCGCAUGAUCUCAUUGGAACUUUUGAAACCACAAUGAAACGCCUCCAAGAAGCAUCGCGGACAUCUCCGGCAGAGUUUGACUGUAUCAACAGUAAAAAGAAACAGAAGAAGAAAGGCUACAAGAACUCUGGUGUUGUGAGCAUUAAGUUUUGCCAGGUGGUGAAGGAGUAUACCUUCCUGGAUUACAUAAUGGGAGGCUGUCAGAUCAACUUCACAGUGGCUAUCGACUUCACCGGCUCCAACGGGGAUCCCCGGUCUCCUGAUUCGCUGCAUUACAUCAGUCCUCAGGGGGUUAAUGAAUACCUGUCUGCAAUCUGGUCCGUGGGAAACGUCAUCCAGGACUAUGACAGUGACAAGAUGUUCCCUGCUUUUGGCUUUGGAGCUCAGAUUCCACCUUCAUGGCAGGUUUCCCACGAGUUUCCGCUCAAUUUCAACGCAUCAAAUCCAUUUUGUGCAGGUGUUGAAGGGGUGGUGGAGGCCUACAGGGUGUGUCUCCCUCAGGUCAAGCUUUACGGCCCCACCAACUUCUCCCCCAUCAUCAACCACGUGGCCUGUUUUGCCAAGCAAGCCGUCCAGCAGACGACCGCGUCGCAAUACUAUGUUCUGCUGAUCAUCACCGAUGGCGUGAUCACAGACAUGGACGCGACUCGCAGCGCCAUCGUCAACGCCUCCCGGCUCCCCAUGUCCAUCAUCAUCGUGGGAGUGGGAGCUGCGGACUUCAGCGCCAUGGAGUUCCUGGAUGGAGACAACGGCUGCCUGCGCUCUCUGUCCGGCGAAGCCGCCAUGAGGGACAUCGUCCAAUUUGUGCCAUUCAGGCAAUUCCAAAAUGCUCCCGCCGAGGCUCUGGCAAAGUCUGUGUUGGCUGAAGUCCCGACUCAGCUGACAGAGUUUUUCACCACCAUGAAGCUGAUCCCCCCCAACACGGGUGCAGCACCGGACCCCGCGGGGACGGUAUGAACGUCCAGGAAGCAGCCAGACUUCAGCCACACCCCCCCCAGCACAGCCACGUUAGAUCCCAGCUGCAUGCCGUCCAACCACAAACACGACGUGUACUUUCUCAUCUCUUCACUCUGCUGUUUAGAUCUAGUUGUACUUGUUGACUUUCCCAACUUCCUCUUUAGUUGAGCUGGAACAAGUCGAUCAUUCCAUUGGCUGAGGUCUGGGGUGAAGAGUGUAAUAGGAAAUAUUAGAAAAAUGUUUUUUGAGGGGGGAAGCUAGGUCUAACCAGGGAUGCAUCUUUAGAUUUUUUAUUUUUUUCUCCAACAGCUUUGAUACCAGCAAUUUAAAAAUCAGGACCAGCAUUAAAAACUUUGUUUUGCAUUUUCUUCAUUCCCAACUAAAUCAAUGUUUCAACAGUUUCCUGAAACCGCUGAAUUUAAAAUAGGUGUAUAGUCUUUACAACAGUACAGCUCACAAGAAGCCACCUCUGCUGCACCGUGUGUGACUUACAGGUUUAUGAUCUCUUAUGUUUACAGGCUCAAAACAAACUGGAAGUAUCAUUAUGGUCAUGUUAUAGCUUUGUGAUUUUUGUUUGUGCUACAUUAAAUGUAUUAAGAAUAGUUAAACAUGUUUAUGCACAGAUGCCAACGUUAUACAACU